CUAGUUGCCCGGGGAGACAGAGCUAGGAGCGGCCUGGAGGCGAAAUGGGCGGAGCCACCGCGCGCGCGCGCUGAAUAGGGAGGUUCGCUGGGGCCUCGUUGGUCUUUCCGCCCCUCAGCUGCUGACUGAGGAGAAGGGGAUAGCACAAAGGGGCGACAACGCCAACGCCGCUGCCCGCUGCCUCUCCGGCCUGGCGGCCUGAAGGGAAGGCGCCAGCCAGUGUGGAGCAGUCGUGGCCUCCUUUUGGAUGACCAAUGUGUAUCUCCAGUGAUGAUGUCAGAAACUAAACCGGCCAUUCCCUGUCCAUUCCAGUUGCUACAAACUCGUAGGAUGCAAAGGCUGCAAUUCAUGAUCCCCAAAACAUUGCUUUUUAAACUGUCUAGAUGAUUGUCAUUGCUUUGGUUGUGUUCUAUGCGAGCAGAAACCUUCUCCAAGGUUUACGGCUGACCCUUGAACAGCAUAUUCCCUGUUUGCUGCAAACCUUGGGGGCUAGCAACAUGGGCAACUCUUGUGUUUGUCGGGAAGACAGUGGUGCAGAAGACAAUGCAGAAUCCAGAACUCGCCAGACAGAGAACAGCAGAGUGCCUGUAUCUGAAACCAGGAGCCAUCUGAGGGACCCAGUGAGGCCCCCUCGUCGGGGACGGGGGCCACAUGAACCAAGAAGGAAAAAACAUAACGUAGACGGAUUGGUACUUGACACACUGGCAGUAAUUCGGACGUUGGUAGACAAUGAUCAGGAACCUCCUUAUUCAAUGAUGACUUUGCAUGAAAUGGCUGAAACAGAUGAAGGCUGGCUUGAAGUUGUCCAAUCCUUAAUUAGAGUUAUUCCAUUAGAAGAUCCCCUGGGACCAGCUGUUAUAACUUUGCUAUUGGACGAGUGUCCAUUGCCAACAAAAGAUGCGUUGCAGAAGUUAACAGAAAUAUUAAGUUUAAGUGGAGCUGUUGCUCGCCAGGAUGCUUGUCAUCCUGCUAAACAUCGGAACACAACGGCAGUGCUGGGCUGUUUGGCAGAAAAGCUUGCAGGCCCUGCAAGCGUAGGUUUACUCAGCCUAGGAAUCUUGGAAUACUUACUGCAGAGCUUGGAGUUCCAGUCCCACCCAACAGUAAUGCUUUUUGCACUAAUAGCCCUGGAAAAGUUUGCACAAACAAGUGAAAAUAAAAUGACAGUUUCUGACACAUGCAUCAGUGACCAGCUAGUGUUGUUAGAGAAAUGGACAGAUAAUCCAGACUACUUAAAACGCCAAGUUGGAUUCUGUGCCCAGUGGAGUUUAGACAAUCUGUUUUUGAAAGAAGGCAGACAGUUUACAUACGAGAAAGUUGACCUGAGCAACAUUAAGGCCAUGCUGAAUAGUAACGAUGUCAGUGAAUACCUUAAGAUCUCACCGCAUGGGUUGGAGGCCCGGUGUGAUGCAUCCUCUUUUGAAAGUGUUCGAUGUACCUUCUGUGUGGAUUCUGGAGUUUGGUACUAUGAAGUCACAGUCAUUACUUCUGGAGUGAUGCAAAUAGGAUGGGCUACCAAAGACAGCAAAUUCCUCAAUCAUGAAGGUUACGGCAUCGGGGAUGAUGAGUACUCCUGUGCAUAUGAUGGCUGCCGGCAGCUGAUCUGGUAUAAUGCCAGAAGUAAACCACAUGCCCAUCCAUGCUGGAAGGAAGGUGAUACAAUAGGAUUUUUGCUAGACCUACAAGACAAGAAAAUGAUCUUUUAUUUAAACGGGAAUCAGCUCCCUGCUGAGAAGCAAGUCUUUUCUUCUGCUGUGUCUGGCUUCUUCGCUGCAGCUAGUUUCAUGUCUUAUCAACAGUGCGAGUUCAACUUUGGGGCAAAACCUUUCAAAUAUCCACCACCAGCUAAAUUUAGCACCUUUAAUGAUUAUGCCUCCCUGACAGCAGAAGAGAAGAUCAUUUUACCAAGACAUAGACGCCUGGCCUUGUUAAAACAAGUGAGCAUCCGAGAAAAUUGCUGCACUCUUUGCUGUGAUGAAAUAGCAGACACAGAACUCAGGCCAUGUGGUCACAGUGACCUGUGCAUGGAGUGUGCCUUGCAGCUAGAGACCUGCCCUUUGUGUCGACAAGAAAUACAGACUCGAGUCCGACAGAUCGCUCACAUUUCAUGACACGUGGAGAACUGGACCUCGUGAACUUGCCUCUUAUCCAUUCCAUCCAGUGCCAGAAGGGAGAAAGGCAACUCAAACCAAGCCCCACCCAUACAGAAAGCCCAACUGUGGCCCACUUUCACACAGUAGAUGAAAACCUGUUAAAUCACUCCACUGCCUCAGGGCUGUGGAAUGUUUCUUUUAGCAGAAAUGAAAGCUCGUGGUAAAACUUGA